GAGAGAGAGAGAGAGAGCAUCUUUUAAAACCCCACAUUGCUUGUGAGUCGUGAACAUUUUGGAGCCUCUGGAAAAAGGAAAGAAAAGAAAAGAGUCUGAAUUCAGAGAAGAAAAUAAUGCUUAACGAGGCUGCACCGAUCGUUUGAAAUUUUAAAUUUUUGGACCAGUAAACCGGCGUUUUUUUUUUUUUUCAAAUCCGUGUAAGAUUUGGUCAAAUAACAGGAGACCUGCACAGCUGCUGCCGGUAUGUAAGCGACUUCACACACACAGAAGGUAAUACAAACUGAAUUUGCUUCUGUCUCCCCUCUGUCUCUCUUUCUCUUGCAUCCAUCUGAUGCUGCGUGAGGCUGCCGGGCGAUGAUGCAUCGGUGGGGCUUGACUGGCUGAAUUCGCAUCAUAUCAAGUUUACAUGACAUCGGACUGUUCGCCACGGCAAUGUAAAUUCGAGCAAUUAAGCCAGUUUUUUUUUUUUUUUUCUUGCUUAACCUCCUUGCGCCAAAAAAAAAACAUCUAUCUAUCUAACAGCUAUGCCUUAUUUCGACGCGAGGUGCGAGGAUGCCUGUAGCUGUGGUUGUGUCAUUGCUGCGGCACACUCCGGAGCUCCUUUGCCCAAAACAGAUAGACCCAACCUCAGCUGAAGAGAAGACAGCGAGCUACCAAGUGCUUUACCACCCAACAUAAGCCAUACGAGCCCGUGCAUGUAGCCUAUGUGGGAGAAGGCCGAGCUGCUGACACACUCGAGGGUUCCUACUGCACUGAGGUUCCCAAGAACCGCCACAUCCCCAAAUCCUUUUGAGGACUGCUGUGAGCUUACACGCUUCCUGAUGAUUUUUGGAGGGCGGCCCUGAUGCAUCUUGUGAGUGUGAAAACUCAAAGAGCCCGUUUGCCAGGUUUGCAUUACCAGACAGGAGACAGAGCAGACGGUAACUCUGUGUGUGUCAUGUUAGAGGCUGGACCCUUGCCUGCUCCCUCCAACUGUCAGCCAAAAGCUCUGACCUGCCCUGUCUGAGCCCUUUUUGUAUAUGAGCAUCACUGCUUCGCCACAACAGCACAACGGGAUAACAUUGUCCAGCAGCACCAACAGUUCACAGACUUUAUCGUUUGUGUGUCCCACCCCUUCGCUCCAUCAAAAUAAGAGCCCCCAAAAACCAGGGUCAGGAUGCAGGUGUCUUUCGCCUGCACUGAGCACAACCUCAAGAGUCGCAGUGAGGACCGUCUCUGUGGCCUUCGCACCGCUCCACCUCCUGGAGGAAGCAGUGGAGGAGGAGGGGGUGGGGAUCGAGGAGGAGGUGGUUGUAGCGGAGGAGUAGGUGGUGGUAGUGGACAAGGGAGCAAUGGCAACUACACGUCUCAAGGAAGGACCAGGGAGGGGUCCGGGUCCCGUCCGACUCCGCAGGGCCAUGCCCACAUGAAGGAGGCCAUCGGGCGCCACAGCAGUAUGAAGUACAGGAACCUGGGGAAGUCAGGCCUACGUGUUUCCUGCCUCGGGUUAGGCACCUGGGUAACAUUCGGAUCACAGAUCUCCGAUGAGAUGGCUGAGAACCUCAUGACCAUAGCGUAUGAGAGCGGAGUCAACCUGUUUGACACGGCAGAGGUGUACGCCUCUGGAAGAGCGGAGAUCACUUUGGGGAACAUUAUCAAGAAGAAGGGAUGGAGGCGUUCAAGUUUUGUCAUCACAACAAAGAUCUAUUGGGGAGGCCAAGCAGAGACAGAGCGAGGACUCUCCAGAAAGCACAUUAUUGAAGGUUUAAGAGGAUCCUUAUCAAGACUCCAGCUAGAAUACGUGGACAUUGUUUUUGCCAACAGAAACGAUGUCAAUAGUCCUAUGGAAGAGAUUGUACGGGCCAUGACGUUUGUAAUAAACCAGGGUAUGGCCAUGUACUGGGGAACCUCACGUUGGAGUGCCAUGGAAAUCAUGGAGGCAUACUCAGUGGCACGCCAGUUCAACCUGAUACCACCGGUGUGUGAGCAGGCAGAGUAUCACUAUUUCCAGAGGGAUAAAGUGGAGGUGCAGCUUCCUGAGCUCUACCACAAGAUCGGAGUUGGAGCAAUGACCUGGUCUCCACUUGCUUGUGGAUUAAUCACAGGGAAGUACAGUGAUGGUGUGCCGGAGUGCUCCAGAGCAGCAAUGAAGGGAUACCAGUGGUUGAAGGAACGAGUGAAUAGCGAGGAGGGCCGCAGGCAGCUCGCUAAAAUCAAGGAGCUCCAUCUACUGGCAGACAGACUGGGCUGCACUGCUGCACAGUUAGCCAUAGCCUGGUGUCUGCGCAGUGAGGGAGUUAGCUCAGUUCUUCUGGGUGUUUCUAAUACAGACCAACUACUUGAGAACCUGGGUGCCCUACGGAUUUUAUCCCAAAUGAACCCUCAAACUAUUGCUGAGAUUGACGCCCUGCUGGGAAAUAAGCCACACUCAAAAAAAGAGUUGCGUGCUUGAAGAUACAAAUCUAAGUGACAGAUGAUGUUUUCGGGAAGACAAAGGAGACAAUAACAUUUAGGAAAAAUCGCUUUUUGCUCUGCUGUAUACUCAACAACUUGCAUGUCCACAGCAACAUAAUGCUUCCAGUAUGGGCGCAUAUUCAUUUUGCGCAGUACAUUGUAUCAUGUAUGAAAAAAAGAAGAUCUCUCAAUAGUAAAAAAACAAAAACAAAAAAAACAGGUCAUAUAUUGCUCUGUUUGGAAUGUUCACAGACUAAUUAUUUCUACAGAGCGGGGAGGAUGGUUGGAGCGGAAGAUCUCUGCAGUACAGAGAGGAUGAAAGAUAUUCAACUGUUCACAAAGCACAUUUGACUGUCGGUAAUUAAAUGUUCUAAAGUUUGAAAAAAACACCUCUGUGCUCAAAUGCAACUUUAAAGCGUGAAUGGUGCUUUCAUUCCUUCCCUCGCAGCCACCUGUUAUUCUGUAUGAUGUUUGUUCCCAGCAGCCAGAGAGCCAAAGGUUAGUACUCCUGUAUCUAGCCUAACAUUUCCCAUAGUGUGCAUGUGACUGGUCUGCCACGCUCACUGCUUUUCAGGGUUGGGAACAAUGGAGUACUUGUGAAGUCAUUACAGUGAAAAAAAAAAAGAAUCCAGCCUGAUGUAACUUUAAAAAAGGAACAGAUCAUAUGCUUUGAAAGUAUACAAAUACUUUGACUCGGAAACAAUGAUUGAUUUUUGCACAAAUCCUUGAUUGUAUUGAAAAUGAAUAAAUCAGUAAGAGUAACUGAUAGACUGGCUUAUGCAUUAGAGUGCAUUAUGUUAGUUAUUACAAUCUAAAAUUGGGAUCAGUAGUGGGCAAGAUUUUGAAAGUAACUUUCCCAACCCUGCUGCUCUGUCAGCAGUCUUUUCGCCUCUUCUGAUUGUAAACUGUGCGCAUGUCCCUUUAAGUGAGAAUAGCUCUAACAGGGUGUAAAUGUGGCAUGGCUUUUAUGGUUUAUGUAGAUUUGCAGUGACCUUGUAAGCCAUGUUUGUACUCUAAAUGGUCUGGCAGUUUGAUCCAGGAUCUGUGCUGGCAGGCACUCUUGCAUUAAAAACUCUCUGCAGUCUACAGACACAGCUGUGUGUCCAUCUGACGUAUAAUCUUUGUAUUGUCCUAAAAUGUAUCAAAAGGUGUUGACAACACUUUCAACGAUGCCAUUCUCGUGAAGAGCAUCAUUGUUCCUAAAUCAGAGGUUUGAGACAUUUGGUAAGGUCACUGAGAAUCUGACACAAAGAUCGGGACACACUGUGGUGAACUAGAAGUUUAUCAAAUGUGAUACUACUCUUGCCACAGCUCACUUAGGAUAAGUUUAGCAAAUGUAACCUUUUUGUAGAAGCCUAAAAACGUAGCUUCUCUGCUCAUUUUUUUGGGACUUCUCUCUCUCUGUAUGGUUUGUUCCCUUGAUUCUUGCACACAUACACGACUGGUUUUAUACUGUGCAUUUCAUGUAUUUUCCCUUUAGCUUUGUGUUGAUGUCAAAACUUUGUAAUAAGAAGGCGAAAUUUAAACAUUUUGUGACUUCCCCAUGAAAGCAACACCAGUCUCUAGAGCGGGGGUGUGUUUUGAUACCUAGUUUAGUUGCUUCAAGGUUAUAUUGUACUGUAUAUAUGCUUAUCUGUUCGGCAGUGAGAGAAAGGUUUAAUAUAUGAAACAUGAACUAAUUCCUGAAGGAGCAGUUGAACACGUUGCUCCCCUCUGUGACUCUGUGAUGAUGUACAGUUUGACCGAGUGUAGCAUCCAGUGUACAUAGAUAACUUCAAUCAAACCUUGAAAAUGUAACUUUGCCUGCAUAAUUUAUAUUUUACUGUCUUGCAACAAAGAGAAACCAAAAGAGAGAAGAGACAACUCAAACUGAAUGUAUCGUGUCUGUUGCUCAAACAUAUCCUAACCUAAAGGGUCAAAGUACAAAA